ACCACUUCCAUCCACUGUUUGACCUCGCAAAGCCGAAAGCCUGCUCUCAAUUCAAGGGUCAGGCCCAAUUCAUCCUCCGCAUCGUUCGAAAUACGCUCCUCCAAGCCAAACCAUUCCCGCGUCCAGAUAGAAACACCUUACCAAUUCCGGAGCCUGGAGCUCCAUCACUAUUCGCAACCAUGGGCGGCGCAGUGUCCUUAUUCAGCAAACUCCUAUGGAGCAAAAAGGAGAUCAGAAUAUUAAUCCUCGGUCUCGACAACGCGGGCAAGACCACUCUUCUCUACCGUCUCAAGAUCGGCGAGGUAGUCACCACAAUACCCACAAUAGGCUUCAACGUGGAAAGCGUAACGUAUAAGAACCUCAACUUCAAUGUCUGGGAUCUUGGCGGGCAGACCUCGAUAAGGCCGUAUUGGCGGUGCUAUUACAGCAAUACUGCGGCAGUUGUAUUCGUGGUGGACUCUACCGAUAUCGAGCGACUAGAAACGGUGAAGGAGGAGUUGAUGAGCAUGUUGGCGGAAGAAGAGCUGAGAGACGCGAGCUUACUGGUAUUCGCGAAUAAGCAAGAUCAACCUGGCGCGAAAGGAGCUGGGGAGAUAAGCGAAGCUCUCGGACUGGGGAGCUUGAAGGACAGGAACUGGAGUAUAAUGGCAUGCUCAGCUGUGACAGGCAAGGGCGUGAAUGAGGGUAUGGAUUGGCUUGUGCAAACGGUCGGAGAAAAUGCUUGAGUCCAUAGAAGAACUGUGGUUGUUUGCAUCGCGAAGGACUUGUAUUGCAUGGUGUACAGGAGUAUCAAAAAGCGUGAGCGGGUAGCGUGCGCUAUCGGCCAGGAACGGGCCCUGCCCAUCGUUCGGCGGAUAAUGGACGACAGCAUGCCUCGAAGGAUGUGUAAUGCAUUGAAAUGGAGUUCCGUAGUCUCGUUGAAUGGACUUUGAACCUCUC